AUUAAUAAUCAUCAUUUUUGUGACAUACAGGUUGUGGCCAUAACAGUUUUCUUCCUGCUAUCUGUUGCAUAUUAUGCCUUUUUUGCCCCCUUUCUUGGAAAGGAUAUAUAUGAAUAUGUGGCUAUUGGUGUAUACUCUGUCUUGGCACUCUCUGUUUUCAUUCUUUAUGCUCGAUGCACAGCAAUUGAUCCAGCUGAUCCGGGAAUUCUGCUGGAAGUAGACAAGUUAUCAUCUUAUAGAUCACAGACUAAUGUGGAUCUUCCUGAGCCUAGCAAGGUAGAGAUGAAGUAUGGGGGAAAAUAUGAUAGGCAUGGUUCAAGUUUGUGUGGGAAGCUUGGAGGUCUCUUUUGUUGUUGUUUCGUAAAAGAGGAUUGUCGCAAAGAUGAAGACCUUCUACAGCAACAAUCUGGAGAGGAAGAUGCUCUAUUCUGCACGUUAUGCAAUGCUGAGGUGCGUAAAUUCAGCAAGCAUUGCAGAAGUUGUGACAAGUGUGUUGAUGGAUUUGAUCAUCAUUGUCGGUGGUUGAAUAAUUGUGUGGGGAGAAAAAAUUAUGUCACUUUUGUGUGCCUUAUGGCAGCAAGCCUUCUUUGGCUUAUUGUUGAAUUUGGGGUUGGUGUUGCUGUCCUUGUUCGGUGCUUUGUUGACAGAAAGGGUACAGAACAUGAAAUAACUGAGAAACUUGGAGUUGGAUUCUCUCGUGCUCCUUUUGCUACUGUGGUGGCAUUAUGCACUGUUGUUUCUCUUGUGGCAACUUUGCCUUUGGGUGAGCUGUUCUUUUUCCAUAUAAUUCUGAUUCGGAAGGGUAUAACAACAUAUGAGUAUGUUGUUGCAAUGAGAGCACAAAGUGAACCACCAGGACAGUCUGUAGAUGGAGGAGACCAUCGAAGUUUGCCUUCUUCACCAACCAGCUCCGCUGUGACUGCCAUAAGUGGGAGAAGCUCUCUUGGAAUGGGCUUGCAAUAUAAAGGGGCAUGGUGUACGCCACCAAGAAUCUUCAUGGAUCACCCGGAUGAAAUUAUCCCACAUUUGGAGCCAGGACGACUGCCAUCCACAGUGGAUCCAGAUGCAGUACAGCCUGGAGAAAAGGGAAAAAAAUUACCUCAGCGCCCCGUCAAAAUUAGUGCAUGGAAACUUGCCAAAUUGGAUUCUAAUGAAGCAGUUAAGGCAGCUGCAAAAGCUAGAGCAUCUUCAUCAGUUCUUCGUCCAAUUAGCUCUCUACACCAUCCAUAUAGCAGUGAUCAUUUGUCUAGCAGUAAUGUGAGUGGAAGAAGCAGUCCGAUAAGUACUGAUCAAGGUUUUCGCAGCAGAAAUGCUAGGUCAGGGAUGGCAAGGUUGUCUCCUUCCAAGAGUACGUACCCUCCAAGCCGUGUGAGCAGAGAUGACACAGAAUCAUGUGUUCACAGUGUUAGUGACCUUAGUAGCCCUCAGAAUCCCAGUGUUCCCUCUUCAGCAGUGCAGCAAAUAUCAAAUACAGAACAUUUCAACCCCAUAUACCAAACUUCAAUCAAUCAGUCUCCUUUGUCAACUAAGCAAAGUGAAACAAAUGAGAAUGCAGUCCAUGAGAAUGCUGCAGCAUAUCCCUUGAGAAGAAACACAGAUGCCCCAGAAAGCUCGAAAACUUCAGUAUUUUGGGAUCCAGAAGCUGGACGUUUUGUGUCAUCUUCAUCCAGGAGUUCUAGUUCUUCUCAGGUUCCUGGAACGGAGCUUCUCUAUACCGGUCAGUCAAUAUUCUUUGGUGGUCCUCUUGUGAAUGAGCAACUCCACCGAGGAACACGGAAUAACAGUUUGGCUGCAGCUGGCUUACAGGGUAGAAUGCAGAGGGGAGGCCAACUCCCUGUGUUUGUUCCUAGUGAUUCUCAUCAAAAGCACUUUUCUGCAAGAUUUCCUUGACACCAGACACUGACUUAGCUAGUUCUUGGAUGAUAGAGUUAGACCUUUUUUUUUUUCAUUUCUUCCUGGGUGAAACUUUUUUGAUUUUGUUUAUCUUCUUGUGCAGUUUAUGAAUCAUGAUGUUGGUCGCUACGUUUAGUGAAUCUAACUUGUUUUUUGUUGGAGCUAAUUAACAAAAUUAAUUGAU